AUGGCUGAUGAGAAGAUGGAGAUGGGUGAAGUUGGGACCUCUCUCAUGACUACGGAAUCUAAACAGACUCCGAUCAGACCUCUGAACAAAUUUGAGAGGUUAUUUCAGCCCUGUCUGGGCGAGCUGGUAGGAACUACGUUCUUUGUGUUUAUAGGGUGUGUGUCAGUCAUAGAGAAUGUGGAGUCUGCGGGGAGGCUUCAGCCAGCUCUGGUGCAUGGUCUGGCUGUAGCCAUCAUGGUGGCUUGUAUGGCUGAGAUCAGUGGUUCCCAUUUCAACCCUCCCUUCACCCUGGCCAUCUUUCUGUGUGGGGGGAUGGAGAUGAACAUGGUGGUCCCAUACCUCGCUUGUCAAUUGGUUGGAGGGGUGCUUGGAGCUGCUAUGGCAAAGGCAAUGACCUCCGGAGAGAACUACGCCAAGGCCCACGGGGCCGCGUUUGAUCUGCUACAGUCAGAUAGUCCAAUAGGAGGAGCUCUGUUUGGAGAGGUCGCCAUGACCUGCUUGGUCACCAUGGUGGUGCUGCUGGGGGCUGUGAACGCCAAGACCAGAAGCCCCCUGGUGCCUUUCAUGGUUGGCUGCACUGUUAUCAUCAAUGUCCUGGCAGGUGGAGAUGUAUCUGGGACAUGUCUGAACCCAGCCAGAGCAUUUGGUCCAGCCAUAGUGAGCAACUACUGGACUUAUCACUGGGUCUACUGGGUAGGACCCAUUGCAGGAGGUCUAAUAGCAGCUGCCCUUGUCCGACUCCUUCUCGGAGACCACAAGAUUCGACUCAUUCUGAAAUGAGGUUAUGUUCACACCAACACACUUAGAUCAUCAGAUGGCUUUAUCCUCUACAGUUACAAUAUAACCCCCUUCUUUUCUUCCACUGAGAUGUUCUUGUAUACCUUUAUUGCUACACA